AUGAGGACUGAUAAUGAGAGCACUGUGGUUGAGUUUAUCCUUCUGGGGCUUCCCAUUCAGGCAGAGGACCAAGCUGUAUACUCUGCCCUGUUCCUGGCCAUGUACCUGACCACGAUGCUGGGGAACCUGCUCAUCAUUCUGCUCAUCAGGCUGGACUCUCACCUCCACACCCCCAUGUACUUCUUCCUCAGCCACUUGGCCUUCACAGACAUCUCUUUCUCAUCAGUCACAGCUCCAAAGAUGCUCAUGAAUAUGCUGACACACAGUCAGUCCAUCUCAUAUGCUGGGUGCAUUUCCCAGGUGUAUUUUUUUGCAAUAUUUGCUGAUCUUGACAGCUUUCUUCUUACAUCAAUGGCCUAUGACAGGUAUGUGGCCAUCUGCUACCCUCUGCACUAUUCACAAACUAUGAGUCAGAGCCUCUGUGUUCUUCUAGUAGUUUUAUCCUGGGCCUUAUCCACUGCCAAUGCCCUUGUGCACACCCUUCUUUUGGCUCACCUAUCUCACUUUAGAGACAAUAUCAUCCCCCACUACUUCUGUGACCUCUCUGCCUUGUUAAAACUGUCCAGCUCAGAUACCACCAUCAAUGAACUGCUCAUCCUUGUUUUAGGUAAUGUGGUCAUCACCCUGCCAUUCAUUUGCAUUCUGGUCUCUUAUGGCCACAUUGGAGCCACCAUUCUGAGAAGUCCCUCAAUCAAGGGAAUCUGCAAAGCCUUGUCCACAUGUGGCUCCCACCUCUGUGUAGUUUCCUUGUAUUAUGGAGCCAUCAUUGGACUAUAUUUUGUCCCCUCAUCUAAUAACACUAAUGAAAAGGAUACCAUUGUGGCUGUGAUGUACACUGUGGUCACACCCAUGCUGAAUCCCUUUAUCUAUUGUCUGAGGAAUCGGGAUAUGAAAGGAGCACUGAAAUAUAUCCUUGGCAAGAGACUGUGUUCACAGUGA